GCCACCACGGGACGGCAUCUGUUUGCUACCCCACGCUCGAGGACUCUGUGACCGACCUGUGAGAUGUCAAACAUUGUCUGGAAUUCUCUCCUCCCCCCCUUGACAGACUCUCGUGGUGGAGGAAACCAGAAACACCCGAUAUUAUAGUUAUAGCCCUUUUUUUUUUCUCUUGUAUGUGAUAGGAAACUACUUGCACAGUGGACUAUAUUUUAAGCGAGUGAUUUGGUGAGUGCCGGGAAAGGGUUACUGCCCAGGGCCGGAGUGGUCAGCCAUGGAGGACGAUAGCAAGGAGGUUCGGGAGAUGCGGGAGGAAGAUGACCGCAACACCAAAUGCAUGAACUGGUGCUUUACGGAGUUUGACUCGGACAGUAUCGGCCUGGAUUAUGACCGCCCCUCGGACUUCGUCACGUCUCAGUGGCCUAUACGUCAAAAGGUGUACAUCAUCUACAGAGUUCUGGCGGGAGUCUUCUUGCUGGUCUGGGCGUCUGGGGACAUGGCCUACGAGACCAUUGAGUUCUACCAAGGGCAGCUGUGGAGAUGGUUCGUCUUCGCUUCCAACUGGGGCUUUCUGUUGCUGGCCUUGACGUCCGUGUACCAGGCGGUCACCAGUGUCCUGUACGAGUACAAAACGUAUUGGAUUAUGGAUCCUAUCUAUAUCCGGGCGACGCCGCUGGUUUUAAAGAUACAGUGGAUGCUCUUCAACAUCAGCUCGAACGCUGCUCUGGUUGUCACCACGGCCUACUGGGCUUUCAUCGCCUUUGUGUCCAACGCACACAACUUCAAAGUAAUGAUGGGAGAUAUGAAUGAUAUUAGACCUUUACUGACAAGUGAUAUGUCACGCCUGAAGCACACUGCUAAUACCAUCUAUGUCCUGGCAGACAUUCUGAUUGGCGCCACUCCUAUACGUAUCUACCACAUGUUUUUCACGGUGUUCGCUGGCUCCCUGUAUGUUGUCUUCAACGCCCUCUACUUCAUCAACAAUGGAAGUCUCAUCCUGAAGACUGAUGACUCCACGAAAGGCCACAGAGGCUAUUAUUUCAUGAACUGGUCUCAACCAGUUGAGGCUAUAUGCACUGCCGUACUCGGGAUGAUGCUUUGCAUGGUGUCCCAGCUGUGUCUACACGGGCUGUACCAUUUACGGACAUACUUCCACCGGAGGUGCUUCCCCGAAGGCUCGGGGACAGACUCGGAGCUACAGAACAUCAUAGCCUCCUCCCCGAGCUACAAUACGUUGAGGGAGAGCUAUGGAGAGAAAGUCGUGCCAGACAAGCUACGUUGAUCAUAUGUGACCAUAGAAGGAGUGACCAUUAGUGAACAUAGAAAGAGUGACCAUUAGUGACCAUAGAAGGAGUGACCAUUAGAGACCAUAGAAGGAGUGAAUAUUGGUGACCAUAGAAAGAGUGUCCAUUAGUGACCAUAGAAGGAGUGACCAUUUGUGACCAUAGAAGGAGUGACCAUUAGUGACCAUAGAAAGAGUGAGCAUUAGUGACCAUAGAAGGAGUGAAUAUUUGUGACCAUAGCAGGAGUAACCAUUAGUGACCAUAGAAGGAGUAACCAUUAGUGACCAUAGAAGGAGUAACCAUUAGUGACCAUAGAAGGAGUGACCAUUAGUGACCAUAGAAGGAGUGAAUAUUUGUGACCAUAGCAGGAGUAACCAUUAGUGACCAUAGAAGGAGUGAAUAUUUGUGACCAUAGCAGGAGUAACCAUCAGUGACCAUAGAAAGAAGGAGUGAAUAUUUGUGAUCAUAGCAGGAGUAACCAUUAGUGACCAUAGAAGGAGUGACCAUUUGUGAUAAAACGUUCUUUUUUUUUAUAUAUAAAAACAUUUUUACCUUUUCUAUGACGUAACCAAAAUGUGUUGCUUAAAUUUGUUUCACGGUGACGUCACACUACAAGCACGCAAGACUAUAAAUAUUCGCCAACUUGAUCAGACUCUGAUUAUAUGAUGCAGGGGCGUAGCUAGGAAUUUUCCAUCGUUUGGGGGCCGUGGGGGCUUGACCUCUUUGGGGGCCCCUGCAUUUUGCAUAAUAUUUAAUUUUUAAUGUAAAAAACACUCAUUUGGGGCCCCCCUCAAAUGGGGGCAUGGGGGAUUUUCAAAUUCUCCCCCUCCUCCCCUACCCUAGCUUCGCCACUGAUAUGAUGCCUCCACUGCUGUUACGUCCUUUUGUAUGAUAGCCUGGUGUAUUUGAAAUCUGAUGUAUGAAUGAUCUUCCAGUAAAAAAAAAGGUUUUAAUAGCCAGGAGAGACACCAGUUAUAAAGGUGUGGUCUUCUCUAACUGUGAUUCCUUCUAGUGUCUUUUGACUCACUAGGCACUUCUUUAAAAUAUUCAUCAGUGGAUUUAGCAUUUCUAAAUUAAUGUAUGUCAUACCGAUAACACAUGCGUAUUUUUCGUUUUUUAUUUUUCAAAUGCAAAGUGAGAAAAUGUAACUGCUACAUUGUCAAUUUAUAUAUUAAACACAUUUUGACAUUGAAAUGUAUAUUGCAAUUUAUUUUCACUCAUAUAUAUAUAUUUUAUUAAAUCUUUUAAAUAUGUCAUUUCUUAUGUGAGUAGUAUCUGCUAUUUUAUAAAUUUAUAUUCCAUUGGUGUAAAGAUAGAUCUUAUCUAAUAAUGUGAAACUGUAUCUUUACAAUGUUUUGAAAAGUAUUAAAGUUUAUUGCCUUAAACGCUGAGUGGAUUCAAUUGUACCAGAUCAUGUAGAUACUUCUGGCCAGAUUGGGCACACGAUGUUUUUUUUAUUUUUCUUGUGCCAAAUCUGGCCAGAAGUAUUUAUGAUCUGAUACAAUUGGAUUAUUUGGAGUAAACGAGAAGCUUUAUUAUAGACCAGUGAUGCCCAACCUAAUUCGACCUCCGGGACAUUUUAAUUUCCAACACUCGUAUCGCGGGCCACAUGACCGAAAAGUUACAAAAAACGAAAUGAAAUCCAUCUGAAACUAUUUGAUAAGAAAAUUACAAAUAAUUAAAGAGACAUUGGAAGUUUAUCUUUUUUUUUUACGCAUCGGAAAAUAGCUUCAUUUCUCUACUUAAAAUGUAAACAACUGUGUUGCUAGUUUUACCACCAACUCAUAUUCUUGCCUCUUUUUUAAAAUGUUCCCUUAGAAUCGCCUUAGAUCAUCCAAGCUCUAGGCAUAGUUUAGCAAUCUUUUAUUCGCGGUUCAAACCAUGAAUGCCACCAUAUUUGUUUGCUUAUGAGUUAUUAAUAUUGUUUAAACAGCUACAAUGUCUUUGUAAAUUAAAGAUAUUGGCUUAUUAUCAUGUUCCACAAAAAAAGUUAAGAUCCGUUCACUUUCCCUGCUUCCCAUUUCAGAAACGUGUAUGUGUUAAAAAUUAAUAGUGGGGGCCCUAACGUAGGAAAAGUUGCACUUGUCAGCCUUUUUUUAUGAAGUGGGGGAUUUUCUACAGUAGUGCUAAAGUUUCGGCGGGCCGGUUAGAACAGCAUCGCGGGCCGGAUGUGGCCCGCAGGCCGUAUUUUUGGGCAUCACUGCUGUAGACCAUUUUAUAGCGUUUCAUGUUUUUAUCUCCACAUCCAUUAUUAUGUGGAAAAAAAAUCAUUGCUUGAUUAGUGGUCAGUUUUACUUAAUUUCAUUAUUUCUAUUAUCUUUUUCAUAUGUGGUCGUUUACAUCGUUGUGGUCUUUACACAUACAUGAACAAAGGCAUUCACACCCCCACAAACACAUGCUGUGACCAUUCCAAAGAAAGGACUGUACAUAUCUAGUCGAUAGAUUUUUUUUUUUCCUUUUACCUCUCGGAUAAUUAUUGUCAAACGUGAUGUUUACAAGUGCUUGCUACAUGUUUUUUUUUUAUUUUGUGUGUGUUUAGAAACAGACUUAUAGCAUAAGGGACAUUACUCAUGACAAUAAAUAAUCAAAACAAUUUUAUCUCCCUUCUUUCAGAUGAUGAAAAAAAGAAUGGACUGGAUUUUUUAUUUACGUCCAUAUCUCUGCGUUCAACUUUCCUUAUUAGGAGAUCUAGAGUUAAUAUUUAAAAUUAGAUAUGUUCAAUUGUGGUAACGCAAUUGUGAAUAAUAAAAAUGCCAAUAUUUAAAUCUUUAUGACUGAGAGCUAGUCAUGUUUCCCAGGAAUGUUUGCGAACUUAUUUCUUUCUGUAUUUUUUUUCCAUAUCAUGUACGUGAAAACAAUAAAUAUGAGUACAACA